GCACAAUUGAACAUCCGCUGGUCCCUGGUUCCAACGAUAUUCACACGUGCCAAUGUCGUACCAAAACGAAAAGAAGCCGUCAUGAUGGAAUCAAAUUAAACAUUUUGACCCAGGAAAUCAGUUUUUAACUUAUUUAAAGUGAUUUUUAUAAAUAUAUAAUUGUCAGUUGAUGAGCCUUACUCCUGUGGAAUGCGGACUUCGACGAUAUUAUAGGGAUGAACUUCGUGUUCUUGGCUGCCUAGGCCGGUAGGUGCUGCUUGAAACCAGCGUUAUCUUUCUCAUUGCCGCCGUUUCUCAACAGAUCUCGACCCUUUGUUUUCGGAGCUUUGCUGAAUUCACCAAGAAAAAUCAAGAAGAUUUUUAGUAUGAAAAUGGUCAGUAAUAUUUCUGGUAUGGAAGAUCAAACAGAUGUCCUAGAACCAGCAAAUGGCGAAAACGCUAUGGAUCAGUAUUUGCAGUCUAUUGGUUUGUACAGGAAACCAGUUGCAAAAGAUGGCUCAUGUUUAUUUCGGGCAGUUGCAGAAAAGGUUUAUUUGACUCAAGCAAGACAUUUAGAUGUCAGAAGGGAGUGUAUCCAGUUCAUGAAGUCAAACAGUGAGCUUUUCAGAGCGUUUGUGCCAGGAUCAUUUGAGCACCAUUUAUUUGAUCUGCAAAAUCCAAAGGAAUGGGCUGGUCAGGUGGAAAUUACAGCAUUAUCUAUGUUGUACAAACAUGAUUUUAUUGUUUACCAAGAAGUCAAUCAGCCACCCCAAUAUGUAACUGCCAAUGGCUAUAAAGACAAGAUUGAGUUGUGCUUUUCAAAUGGCAACCACUAUGACUUCAUCUAUCCAAAGUCUUUCAAAGAAAAUGCAGCAGUUGUUCAAUCAAUGCUUUACAGCCAUUUAUACGACAUAGUAUUCCCAGAGUGUGAAAAAGUUGAUAAUCCUCAAAUGGAAACAAAUACUACCUGUGAUGCUUCACCAGAGGAAGCAAAUAAACAAGUUGAAGUGAAGACUGCAUACGACAAAGAAUCGUCUGGUGUUUGUUGGGAGUUGAAGCGAUCCAUGGAUCCAACUGUUUAUCGAAAUGUUGCUCUGGAAGUAUGGGAGAAUUCCAAGCAAGAUCAAACCUGUUCUGAUAAACUAUUGGCAUCAAAGCUGCAGUACAGAAUCGGAGAAUACUGCCUAUUGAGCAUGAGUGAUUCUCAGUCAGCUGAUGAAUCUUUUAAAGUACGAAUAGAUAGUAUAUGCGAAAAGUCAUUGACAUACUAUGUAUGGAUUCCAGAUCUCAAUGAAUAUACUAAUGUUUCGGUUGAUCGUUUGCGGCCUUUGCUAGAAAAACCGGAAAAAAUAGCGCAAAUUGCUUACGACGAGCUUCCUGGAUUUUACAACAAAUCAGAUGAGUCUUCUAAAGACCAGACAGGGAAUUUCCAGUACCCAAAGAAGAGGCAAAAGGGUAGUGGUGGUAGAAGUGGCCGGGAAGAUGAAAAUAAGGGUAAGCGAUUUGACGUCAGAGGUGAAGGGAAACCGGAUGGUAAACCUGAUGGAGCAGUUUCUAAUAGGCGUGACAAUAGAAGAGAUAGAAGGGGACGGGGUGACCGGCAUGAGAAAAAUUCUGAGAAGAGAGGUAAGCCGACUGAAAAAGGAAGCAGGAAACCAGAUGUACAGCGAGUGACUUCACCUCCUGCUGUAUCUACAAAGACUGAUAUAAAGAGUCAGGUAAACGAAAAAGUUAGUGGAGCGAAGAAACCUGUCGAUCAAGAGGCACCAGAAGAUAACCGACCAGGGCAGGAAUACCCCUUGCUUAAGUCGCAGGAGAAGGAGAAAACUGCCAAGCAGCAUGAGUCUGCUGCUGCAUUUUGGCAGCGAAUGCGAGAAGCAAAUAAGCAUGCUGCCAAUGCUGGGGAGAAAUCUGGGGAGAAAUCUGGGGAGAAAUCUGGGGAGGCCAGUGAUGAGCCGAAAGGGAACAAACGCGACGAAGGUAAUUUCAAUACAAAAGCAGUUGUUGAAAACAGAAAUACAGUGGCGUAUCAAGAACUUCAAAAAGGUGGGCCUAGGAGUAAAACUGAACAGACUUGUUUGAGUGCCAGUGAAGUCACUAAGCAUAUUGGCAAAGAAACACUUUCUAAGCUUCACGAUACACCAAUUGAGUUUCAUGCUAAUGUUGAAUCAGGAUUUAAUGUCAAUGCUUCAACCGAAGAACAUGCCUCUUCUUGGGAGCAAGAGGCUCCUGUUCUGACAAGGGCUAAGAGUAAUGUUUCACAUGUACGGGAUCGGGAAGCAAAGCCAAAGGAAAACACUGCUAAUUACCCUACGCCAAGGAACAAUAUAAAAUGCGCUGUAGAUAAUAAUCCAAUUAACAUUAUUGAGUCAAGUGGUUCCUAUAAGGAACUUAGUCAAGGAUAUUCAGAUUAUGUAGAAAGCACUUCAGAUACUCUUAAUAAUGAACCCUCAAGAUCGCAUUUCGAAGAAACUGAACCAGAAACGGAAGAUGCCUCAGCAAAUGAAACAGAAGUUGCUCAAAGUGCUGUCACAGAUACGUCAGCCCAUGGUCUUCCUGAGGGUGAGCCCUAUUUCUCGGCUGAUAGCAAAGUACUGUUUCCAAGUGGCUUUGAUGAACCAGGUACAACUGAUGGUAGAUUUGCAGACAGUAACAAUGACGAGAGCAAUGCAGCAAGCAGUCCUAUAACUUUUAUGAGCAGUCGAUCGGAUAUUUCUGCAAGUUCAGAUGAAAGUAGUCGUCUUGAUAUAACUAGUCCAGUAGCUUCAAAUGACAGUAGUGAACCGGUACUAGUAAAUGCCGCGGCAGGAGUACCCGCUGGUAGUGGUCAGUCAAAAAGCGACCUAAGGAACGAGCAGCGUAUUAGGAUCUUGAAAAAAGACAACAAGGAUCGUCUCGGCUAUUUCAGCUCACCAAAUGAAAGCAGUUCGUCGAUCGAACAAGCUGAAUCGUUAUCUAGAGAGAGAAGCCCAGAGCCAGAUAGCAAAAGGGUACAGAGUAAAAAAGUCAGUUUCGGUGAGGUGAUAGAGAUAUCUCAGAUCUCUAAUGAAAUCAAUCCGUACGCAGAUGCUAGGUUGCAGGCUGUAGCCUCGGAAACAAUGCAUAAUCCAUAUGCAAAUGCUAAUGGAUUAGCAGACUCACCUGAUCAAGCAUACUUCGAAGAUGGGGUAAAUAUGGGUGCCUCAAUGGGUAUGCCUACACAGCUGAUGCCAGUUAUGAUGCAUAAUCCAAUGCCACCGCCCAGCGAACCGUUUCAUUUUCCACAAGGAUUUUCCGUAGACCUGGAUGGCAAAGAUUUACCUAAUCACAUGCCUACUCUUCGAUUUUUCUACAAUCUGGGAUUGCAGUACUUCUGCAUGCAACACCAGUUUGUUAACAUGCCGGUUCAGCAGUUAUCCGCAGUUCAGGUUCAACCACAGCCUGUACAAGGUCAUAUGUCAUCACCGAUUCCUGCGCAGCGCUUUGCCACUGCAGUUGAUCCUGCAUCUCAUUUCAACCAGGAACAGGUUAUGCAGGCACAGCAAGAGGAUUUCACAAACGUUUCAGCGGCACCACCUGUGCAUUACGACUUCAUUUCGCAGCAGUCGUUGAAUCAAUCUAGGCAGCACCAUCCACAAGCAGGUCAUCAAAACAGCGCAAGCCAAUACGAACAGCCUCCGAGAAUGCGAAGGGUUAGAGGUAGAGGAGUCCAGUCCGGGCCACACCUGUCCAUUUCACGAGGAUAUAACGUUUAUAACCAGUCACAACACCAGUACAAGCCGCAGAGUCGAGUGGGGAAACGAGGCGGUUUUAACAUGAACACGGGGUCUAUGGGAACAGGACACAAUCAAUCGUAUCAGUUUCAUUAGAGUAGAGAGUAUAUAAACCGGUCAUUAUCACUAAGGUAGAAAUUCUCGUACGUUGGUCGUCAGGGGUGUUCCUCUUGCGAUCUCAACCGGCCCAUUUAAAGAAUUCUACUUUUCAGCCAAUAAUUCAUUCACCCCGAAAACCGUAUAUUCCCUUUCAAACUACAAUUGAAUUGAAAAUUGAAUUAUCAUCGAGAGAAUAUGUCAAGUGACAAAACUAUCUACGUCUCGGACCCCAAAUCAUACUACUUCUCUUGACAAUUAUUUUUUUUGAAAUACCUUAUCAUUUGUCCGGACUAGAAUGGUUUCUCUAUUCUAUCCUUAAAGAAAAAAUUUUAUCCCGAAAGCAGUGUUUCAUGUUGAAAUGCUUUUGUUGCGAGAUUUCCCGCCGUAACUGCUUUCAGAAUAUGUUGACUGGUGAUGUAAUCAGCGUAUUUCCAAAUAAUUAUAGUUCACGUUCAAUGUAAAAUCUAUCCCGACUUGAUUUACUGUGUAUAUGAGGUUUGAGUCAGAUAUGUGCACGUAAAUAUGUUGGUACAAAACGCAAUAGGCCAGAUGUCAGGUAUGCGAUGUACAUCCUUGACGGGUUUUAUAUGAUAGUUAUGAUGGGUUGAUUUUUAGCGUGGCAGUCCAUUUCAGCAAGGGCUCGAUAGGAUUUUAAAACCUGUUUUGUUUAUGCAUUGUUGCUGACCAUCAGGCUAUCGUGUGGCUGUCCAAACAUGGACGUAUCUUGGCAUUAGGCCAUUCAUCAUCUAUACUCCGUCAUUCCUCUCUCGUAGCAAAGCGACCUUAAGUCUUUUUCUGAAAAUGAUUAGCCGGCCAAAUUAAUACGAUGUUGAAAAGACAGAUGACAUAGAUGAAGGUCACUAGGCGAAACAAGUUUGCAAAAUUUAUAUUUAGUAUCCUUGCCAAAAUAAUUACGCACAACUGUCCAUUUGUUGAUUUUUUGCAGGCAAAACUUGCAUUGCCUGGCAAGCUGUCGAAUGGCCUGUCCAUUGUAGCUUAAAAAGGUUUCGAAUAUAUUCGCUAGCAGAUGGGUUUCCGAACAUUCCCUUUUGAGCAUCUUGAAUGACGUCAUUGCAGCUCUCUUCGUUAAAAAUAUCACCAUAACUAGCCAGAUUUACUUUAAAGAGGGAUGGUAUGGUCAAACCGCACUCUAACAGUGUCACUGCAAACAUCACAUUAACGGCAUCAUUAAAUUAUUUUUGCACCAGCAAAUGCAGUACUUAUUUAAAGCGAUAGAAUAAUUUUGUACCACAAUUAAUUUUAACCAGCACUUAGUCAUGUCAAUUCUUAUUUCUUGAUAGCUUCAUUUUUUAGACGACAAACGGCUACCAAUGCGAUCUGAUAAACGCACCCCAUCUUUUUAAGGCGGGCACGUCUUAUCAUAAAGUUUCGCACCGUAUUUUAUUGUUGAGAUAAUAGUAGGCGCAAAACGUAUGCUGUUUUGUUUAGAUGUUCACUAAUCAAAGAAGGUUUUUCGCGUAUUUAAGUAUACGUGAAAAUGUUAGAUAGGGGAAGAUUUUCCUGUGUUGGAUAUCAAUCUGUGAUUUCAGAUUUCGUUUAUUAAGUAGAAGUUAUAACCAUAUUCGAUACUAGAGUUUCACAGUGAAACUUGUAAGAGAUUAAUUAAGUUUUCUGUCGUUUGCUUCUGUGCAAACCUUUUACAUUGUUGGCUAGACAGUUAAAUUUGUUUCAACUAGAGGUAAGGAAGUCUGGUUAUCUGUUUUUCAUCAAUUUAUGCCUACAUAGUUAGCAUUUUUAUUACAUUUAAAGUGGGGAACUGUUCCAAAGAGUUGCCGUAUUCCUUUGUUGUAUGCAUAUGUUGCAUCGCCAUUCGCCGAAUAUUCCAUAACUUCUCGUAUGAGCCCCUAACCUACCUCUGAUCAAAGUUGCCUAUUGCAAUAUUUUGCAUAAUUUACAAAAUGUUUCACGUUUUUUGCAGAUCUUUAUUUUGUCAUGCAUAAUUUCAAGGAUCUUUAUUUUGUCAUGCAUAAUUUCAAGGUCUCGUCGUAUACAUUCAAGAGACUCAAAGUUGUCGAAACUGCCAGUAAAGAUGAAUAGAAAUACAGUGUUUUGAUGUGUAUUCUCGGUAUAAGUAGCAGUUUUUGGCAUUGCAAUAAUAUGUUCAUAUUCUGCUGUUAUUCCCAGAUUUGAUGCUUUAAGCUUAUGAAAGGUACCUUUUGUAAGAGAGCAUACGUUUAGAUUCGUUUAGUCGAAAAUGUGUAGAUUAUUGUAGAAUUUUUGAGUUAUGAAUAUGUUCGUUAAUUAUGACGAUUUCCUUAGACUGUUUGCUUCAAAAGAAUCUGGGUGAUGAUGAGCUGUCUCUCAAUGAACUCUCCCGAACGUAGUUAAAUGGUUUUACGUGAGAAUCUCGAUAAGUAAGAUCCAGUUUUACCCGAGUAGAUUAGGAUGAUAUGCAUGCACCCAUUGCCGUGCUUGCUUGCACUGUCCAUUUAAAGAGGCCUAGGUUCCAAAUCGCACUGGGCAACUGCUACUACCCUGUUUCUACUGCACACUUCGCAUCUCUUCGUGCUCUUAGAAACGCUUUCUUGUGGUCAUCAUAUUCGCAAUCAUAUUGAAAAAUUCUUUUUCUACCCCUUUCCCCUUUUGUCUUUCAAUGUAUGCUUCUCGAGCUGUUUGAUGCUUAUGCUGCCUCAGUAGAACUUAAUUUAUUGAAUCGUGCAAGAGCCCAAUCUGAAUCUCGCAGGAUCCGGAUCCGGGUCGAUCUUAGGCACCUUCCCCGUGAGUUGCCUUCUGCAAGGGAGACCUGGCUUAGCUCAUCGCCACACAGGUUUUUUCAGUGCUAUUAUUAAAUAUAUAGUUUUGUCAAUUUGUUAAUUUUAUUAAACAAAGUCGAUAAAAAUUAUUGAAAAACAAUCUGUCUAUUUGUAUCCGAAUGGUACUGGAUGAAGUUGUUGUAUUUUUUCCUGUAGUCUUGCAAGCUUGCCGAGUUUUGGAAAAUAAUACCUGUGUGAUUUCAUGAGCGGAGCUAGUGAACAAUGGAACCGUGAGACUUGGCAACCUUGUCUUGUGUUGUAUAACCAAGUAUCAAGUUAGUUGAUGACUGAUGUCAUACACGAAUAAUAUGGUUGAAAUCAAAGAACCCUGCAAGGCAUAGAAAUAUUUCUGGGUUUGUUUUCAGAAGUAUCCUAUUUAGAGAAUGGGCAGAGCUAGAGAACAUUGUAAAUGAGAAUGAAAUCUAAGAGCAAUUCAGCAAUAAAAUUAUUAUGAAGAGGAAAUGCAAGAGAAUAAAUUGAAACGAGUCAAACAAAUAGAGAGAAUUUAACUAAUGGAAAUUAUCAUACACUCAUUUUGUUUCACAAAAAACCGUUUUCUUUAUAAGCAGGGGGAAGGUUAUGCCCCAACUUUUUUGCAAAACAAUAGAUAUUUUUUCAAAAUCUUUUGUUAUGAGUUUUUAAAUUUUCCACUGGCUCCCCCCUUUUCGACCUAUGUCGGAGCCAAUUAUUCCUUUUGUUCAAUUAACACA